CCCCUCUCCUCAAAACACGAGCAGACUCAGAGUGGACCCACUCCAACUUUGGAACAGAGAGCUCCAACGUCUUCGUCGUCUUUAUCGUCGAAACGGCCACCAGGUCGUCGCUGGGGGGCAAUGGUGAAGAAAGACGUAAUUUGCGCAAUUCUCGCCAAUGCGAAUCUUCCAGCUGGAAACUUGACUUCGCACAAGGAGCAAUGAGCUGAAUCUUCCUUGCGCCCUAAAGAAGUAGCCAGAAGGGCUUCAGCUACCCUUGUACAUCUGAUGUCUUCAAGAUUGUUGGGGCCUACACGUCAUAGUAAGCCCUGUCAGUUUUGACCCAGAAUGGAGCUCAAGGUCUGGGUGGAUGGAGUUCAAAGGGUAGUGUGUGGGGUUACUGAGGCGACCACCUGCCAGGAUGUGGUGAUUGCCCUGGCACAGGCUAUAGGUCGGACUGGAAGAUACACUCUGGUCGAAAAAUGGCGAGAAGCAGAGCGUCAUCUAGCCCCUCAUGAAAGCCCAGUUGCCUCUCUUAAUACGUGGGGUCAAUAUGCUGGUGACGUACAGCUGAUUUUGCUCCGCACAGGCCCUUCCCUGACUGAACGGUCUCCUUCAGGAGGGGCCCAUCUGAGGGGGCCUGAACGGGGCUUUCACAGACAGAGCCUCCCCCCACGUGCAAAACUUUACCAUCCCAAUGAUCACUCCCUCUCUCGCCGUGAACCUCGGCGCAAGUCUCUCACUUUUACUGGUGCAACCCGAGGUUUAAGGGAGAUACUGAGUGGGGGGCGGACAAGUGACAUUGAAGCCAAGAGGAGACUUCAACUAGGUAAUGGUUGGACUCCCCAUCAUGCAGGAGUAGCCAUUGGGAGUGCCUCCCAUGGCCGGUGGGCCUGUCGCAUGGAGGACCUGGCUCGACUGGUCAGCAUUCAGAGGGAAACACUCAGUGUGCUAGAGAAGAAGCUGGAGGUUUAUGAAGCUGAGCUAAAAGCCUGGGCUGAGGUGCGAGUGGGACGAGCUCCAGGUCGCAGCGGGGACGCCGGUGGGGGUCUGAUAGAGGAGAUAUUGAGACUGGAGAAGCAUCUGAGGACGACUGAGGUGGAGAUGGAGGAGGAGGAGUUUUGGACCACUGAGUUGCAGAUUGAGCUGGAGAGUGAGAGGCAGCUGGAGGAGAGGCUGGAGGAGCUGCGUGGUCGUCUGCAGGGCUGUGAAAAGGAGAUUGAGGAAAAACUGGCAAUGGUUCAGAGUGUAGAAACUGGUCUGGAGGAUAUGCGGUUGCAGAGAGAGCGUCAGGAAACGGAGUGGCUCAAUGAAGCGGAGGCUCGAGCUCAGGUGCUCCGAGUCAAAGCAGAGCUGAAAGCACAAGAGAGACAAGCUGUCCAAAUGGAGAGCAGCUGUAGAGCUGUGGACAGGUCACUGGGACAAAGCAGUCAGAAGCUAAAUGACAUGCAGCAUGAGCUGGAACAGCUAACCAAGGAGCUCAGGCAGGUUAAUUUGCAGCAGUUCAUCAAGCAAACUGGCACCAAGGUCACAGUGCUUCCGGCUGAACCUACUGAGGACGAAAGUUCAAGCGGCACUCAUGUAAUAGAUGUGGUUCCGCUAACCGGCUCCCUGAAGCGUCCCGUGUCCCUGCAGCCACUGUCCAGUCAUCUGCGGGUCUUAAAAAGUCCUCUCAGCUCCAGUCUGAACCCGGAGGGUAUUUAUGUUUGAGGCUCCACUGCACACAUGCGCUGCCUGAGACAAUAGCACAAUGGCUUCUUUCUCCUCAGAGCCUUUGUAGAGGUUACCUCUAUAACACAACUCAUAGACUGUGUUAUGAGGCAACCUUUAGCUAAGGAACAAGGGCGAUCUUUGAUGUGAAGGAUUUGUUGGCACACAAAGAAGGUCAGGUGAUAAGCAUGCUGUUAGAACUAGUCUCCAAACAUGGAUCAGACUGCCAUGGACUGGUUUUAAAACAACCUUUUUAAAUGUCAUUUUAAUCACUGGUAGGUUCUAAAUGUUUUAUACUGCUUUCUCGCUGGUACUAUAAUUCCAAACAAUGGCCUUUCUAGAAUGAAUGUGAAUGACAAUAUCCAUUGAGUAGUUAGGAUCAGUGAACACAUUUAUUCCACCUGAAGCCCGAAUGAUGUAAAAAAAAAAAAAAAAAAGAUAUACAAAAACGAUUGAAUAUGAUUCAGUUAACUGUAACUUGUUAAAACUACGCACAAAUGGGCUCAAUUUUAUGGAUAUGAUUUUUCUUUUUCAUCUAAAAUACGUCAUUAUUUCUUCAGCCAGUCAGACGGCGCAUUCCUCGUAUCCUAAAUGCAGUGGCCACAUUCCUGCAGAAAAUGUUCUUGUUGAAAUGGAAUCAAUUCACCUCUGGAAGGAUUUAUUUUGUUUUUCAUGUAAUGGAUUCUGAUUUUGUUGCCAAAGAUGAAAAGCCCUGAGUGCAUGAUUGGGAUGUUCUUAGCCAUAUACGUGCAGAGCACCGACAGUACAGUAGCAUGCUCCAGCUCUUUAAUGUACAGUUUGUGUGUUAAUGUUCGAUUGUAUCUCAGCUGCUAACCACAGCAAAGUGCCUUGAUGGGCAGUGAAUAAAGAUGGACUUAUUAAAGAGAUAAAUCUGCAAUGUAUGUACAGUAGUUGCAGUAGUGCCACAUGGCUGCACUAAUAGCAUGGCACCUGAAUAAAAUUAUUCUUUGCAAUAGUUAACAGGAAAUGUUUGGGAAUGGAUGUGACUGCAAGUUUUUUCCCCCACACUCACUGUAUUAUCCUCUUAUUUAUUUGCUGUAAAAUAUUCAGUAUUAUUAUGCAAACCCUUCCAACCUUAUUCAUUUACACAAGUAAUUGUUAGCAGUCUUCACAUCUGUCAAUUUGUACAAAAGACACAUCAUGGCCGUUAUAUAACUCACGUUAAUAUUCAAAUUAGGGUUUAUAAUUUGACUUGUUUUUUUACAUAAAAGAAUCAACAGAUAAAUUCGGAUAGCGUUCCACUUUACAGAACUUGUGUACAUUUUGUGUGAUGUGUGGUCACUGUUUACAAUGCUCUUGAGAUUUGCAAGAUGUCAAAUGUAGCUCAAUUUUUUGCUUAAUUCCUCCUUGACGGAUACAGUGUUUGGUUGUAACUGUUGUGAUAAGAAUGGUAUGAUUCAAUAAAAACCGUCUGA